UCGAAGAAUUUUCAAGACAUGAAACCACCACCACCACCACCGAAGAAAAAUUGCAUUUUCCUUUGUUUUUAGUAUCUCAAUUGAAAAGGUUAAUUCUUUUGGAGCCCGUUUUCUUCCUAGCUUUGUUUUUCAACCGCUGGUACACUGUAAUCUAACAUGGAAAAUGAGAAAGGCGAGGUGAGUGCUUCCAACACGGGCGAACUAGAUAUUGAGCAAGAAGACCAGAAGAUGGAGCAGUUUUUCGCGUUGAUUAGAAGUUUUCAGGAAGCACGUAAUAGAAGGAAAGAUGAGUUGGAGGAGAAGCAAAAGAAGAAGAAGGUAAGAAGGUUAAAUGAUAAAGAACCGCAGUCAAGUUGGGUGCCAUCUUUUGAAUGGGAAGAUUUCACAGAGGAUAUUAAGUUUAGAAGGCCUCCUCUCAUCUUCCCUAGUCCUUGUAAUGACAAGAAGAUCUUAGAUGACAAGAAACCUAAAGAAGAAGAUGGUUUAGAUCUCAGACUCACUCUAUAAUGUUGUACGUACGUCGUUGUUCAAUUAAAUCAGUUAAUCAAUGCAUGGUUUCUAACGUUGUCUUUUUA